CUUGCCAGCUGCAUGUGCCACGCACGCACCCUGUCACCGACUAGUAGCGCCCCCACUGUUCCACAGCAGCACACUUGGUUGAGCAGCACUGGUCGCGGAUCGGAUGGGGACGGGUGAGUCCGAGGGGGUACGAGGGCCCAACAAAGGACUGGACUGGUCGCCCCCAUUGCCCAUAGUCGAGCAGCUAAUAUCCCGCACAUAUAUAAAUUCUUUACUUAGUGGAAUGUGCAGAAUGCGCAACCAUAGUCCAAGGACAUAUUUAGCAACCAAGCUCGGACUGAACCAUUUGCCUUGAUUACCGACGCGAGCAGCAACAGCGCGGAGUUCGGGAAUCCCGACUACUGCGACCAGAAUUUAAAGACGAGCAACUGAGCCUCACUCGUUUUUCUAAGUAUGCCGACGACGGCCGCAGUGGGAACAUUGUUCGACCUUAACGCCAAGUACGCGCUCGGAAAGAAGCUCGGUCGCGGGGAGUACGGCGUGGUAUGGAGCUGCACGGACCGAGCGACGGGGGAGGCUUUCGCAUGCAAGUACGUGGCGGGGGAAAGCGAGCGCGCCAUCCGCGGCGCGCGGCGGGAAGUGAAAUCGCUGCUCCGUCUGCGAGGCUCGCAUCACGUCGUGGCGCUUCGCGACGUGUAUAGAGACGAGCUGAACCACUCGUUAUACCUUGUAAUGGAGCUCGGCACUGGCGGGGAUCUUCUCGCCAUAAUCGAGAGGAAGGGGCGCCUGUCAGAAGCCGAGGCGAAGCGCGUGUUCCGCGACGUGGUUCUGGGAGUAAAGGAGUGCCACGAGCGCGGCGUGGUUCAUCGCGACGUUAAGCCCGACAAUGUCCUCAUGUUUCCUAAAAGUAGUAGGGGUGCUGCCACUAGUAAAGCUGCUCCCUCAGUGCCCAAAGAAAGGUUUUACGCCGGCAGCAGCAGCAGCAGCAGCAGCAGCAGCAGCAGCAGCAGCAGCAGCAGCGACGUGCCGCUUAGCGGCUACUGCCCCCCGCCUUACGCCGCGUAUGCACACCAGGAGGCGGAGGCAGCGGCAGCGGCGGAGGCAGCGGCAGCGGCGGAGGCAGCGGCGGAGGCAGCGGCGGCGGCGGCGGCAGCGGCGGCGGCACCUGUAACGGAUAAACUUUCCCCUCGAUCCCACUCUGCCCCGCACUUUCUGUCGACCGGACUUCACGGCGAUCCACGCUCUGACACUGACAGCAGCAGCAGCAGCGGCGGGCACGGCGGCGGCGGAAAAGGAAGGGAAAACACUACGGCGGCAGCGGCAGGAGUCGGGAGCACGGCGAAGCUAGUCGAUCUGGGCAUUUCCAUCCACCUCAAGCCCGGCCAGUGCGUGCAGGGCUAUGCGGGGAGUUUCCCGUACGAGGCUCCUGAGGUUGUGGCCGGAACGCCGUACGAUUAUAGCGCGGAUAUUUUCAGCCUGGGAGUCACGCUCUACGCGAUGAUAUCGGGGAAGUGGCCAUCCUACGCAAGUUACAUCCCUGACGAAGGCUCGUACGGCCCUGCUAGUAAGAGGCGCCUGAACGAGAAGCGAGAUUGGAGCUCGCCCUGCUGGUGGUUCGUCUCCAAGCAAGCGAAAAGCCUAAUUUGUCGCAUGAUGGCUAGCGAUCCGGAUCUGCGACCGACGGCGGAAGAAAUACUUACAGAUCCAUGGCUGGACCCUCGUUCUCUCGAUGACAAUCGACGAGGAAGCCAUAGCCAUUCUUGCAGCAUUAUUAGCGCCUGUUGCGGGUGCCCCUCGCCCACUGCCCUGCGCCGAAGCCUCGCCCCUCGGCUGCUUCCCCGGCACUACCACCAUUGCCGCUGUGGCAGGCAGGUUUGGCGGGGCAGGUCUCCAAGUAGCACGCGGUGGGUGCAGCCGCUGGAUUGAGAGGUUGCCGUAUAUUGUACAGUUCGCUUAAUGCGAUAGCAGGUCGCUUUUUGUUAUGAUGGUACCGGAUAGGAGUCGAGUAAUGCCAUAGUGAGGUCGUGAUUAAAGUUUGACUAGUACAAAUGAAACACGGCUAAAUACAAGCACAGCUAACCU